AUGGGGAUCCUCGAGAAGAUCAAGGACAUCGAGCUCGAGAUGUCUCGCACGCAGAAGAACAAGGCGACGGAGGGCCACCUCGGCAUCUUAAAGUCCAAGCUCGCCAAGCUCCGCACGCAGCUCCUCGCGCCGUCCAAGACGAGCGGCUCGAACGAGGACAGCUUCGAGGUGUCCAAGUACGGCCACGGGCGCGUCGCGCUCAUCGGGUUCCCGUCCGUGGGGAAGUCCACGCUGCUCACGGAACUCACGGGGACGGACAGCGAGGUGGCGGCGUACGAGUUCACGACGCUGACGUGCAUCCCCGGCGUCAUCCACUACAACGACGCGAAGAUACAGCUGCUGGACCUCCCCGGGAUCAUCGAGGGCGCGAGCGAGGGGAAGGGUCGGGGGCGGCAAGUCAUCGCCGUCGCGAAGAGCAGCGAUUUGAUCCUCAUGGUGUUAGACGCGACGAAGAGCGAGGCGGCGAACAGCACGUACGCGCACAAGGAGAUCCUCACGCGAGAGCUCGAGGCGGUGGGACUGCGGCUGAACCAGACGCCGCCGCGCGUCUACGUCAAACCGAAGCACAGCGGCGGCGUGCAGGUGAACAACGUCGUUUCGGGCGGACUCACGAAGAUGUCCGAGAGCACGAUACUGAAGAUACUCGCGGAGUACAAGAUCCAUCACUGCGAGUUGCUGUUCCGCGAAGACGUCACCGUGGAUCAGUUCAUCGACGUCUUGGAGGGCAACCGCAAGUACGUCCGGUGUCUGUACGUGUACAACAAAGUCGACGCGCUGACGAUCGAGGAGGUCGAUUCCCUGAGCCGCCGCCCGGACAGCGUCUGCAUCUCUUGCCACAUGAAACUCGGGAUGGACCACCUCCUUCGAAGGACGUGGAACGACAUGGGCUUGGUCCGCGUCUACACGAAAAAGACGGGACAAAAACCCGACUUCGACGAGCCCGUCGUGCUCGCGGACCACCGCGGCGGGUGCACGGUGAAACACUUCUGCGAUCAGAUACACAACACGCUGUCGCGCGGAUUGAAAUACGCGCAGGUGUGGGGCGUGAGCGCGAAGCACAUGGGGCAGCGCGUGGGGUUAAAGCACGCGCUGAGCGACGAGGACGUGGUGCAGGUGGUCAAGGACGACGGCGCGGUGGACAAGGAGGAGCUCAAGGGGCGGUUCAGGCGCAAGAACGACCCGGCGCGGAUCGCGGACCGCGUGAAGAAGGCGAAGCUGAAGACGUAG